ACGUCCGCCGCAGGGUGAGAUUCAAAACAAGUCAGCUGGGUGGGCUCGCGGAGCUUCAGAGGGUCGCAGGUGUUGGGAGUUCCGGGCAGUUCAAAAAGCAGCUCUCGGCUCCUGGAGCGAAGCUUGUGGCCCGCGCCAAAACUGGAGCCGGUGCCGAGGCCUGCCGAGGCUGCCGCCAGGGUUCGAAGAGGCGGGGUUAGAACCUCGGAGCGUUCGAAGGGGCGGAGCCGGAGCCGAAGGCAGUGGGUCGGUUACGGUGUAACAAAGUCUUCGCUCGGUCCGAGCCUGUUGUCAUGGAGCUCAUGGCCAGCAACAUUCAGGUGCUGCUGCAAGCGGCGGAGUACCUGGAGCGCAGGGAGAGAGAAGCCGAACAUGGCUACGCUUCGCUGUCCCCUUACUCCGGGAAAGACUCGUUGCAGCCCCGGAAGAGGUCCAAGCCUCGGAAUGCCCUGCUAAACCUCAGAACUGUGCACAAUGAGCUGGAGAAGCACAGGAGGGCUCAGCUGCGUCAUUGUUUGGAUCAGCUAAAGCAACAGGUCCCCAUGAACACGGAAUGCUCUCGUUAUACAACCCUUAGUCUUUUGCACAGAGCCAGGCUGCAUAUUAAGAAGCUGGAAGAGCAGGAGCAGAGAGCACAGCAAGUGAAGGAGAGGCUACGCUGUGAGCAGCAGAACCUGCACCAGCGGCUGGAAGAGUUGCUGGCCCAUUCCAGCGUGGAGAGGCUGCGAACCGAUAGCCUGGACUCUUCUCGGUUCUCCUCCGAACGCUCCGAUUCAGAAGAUGCAGAAGUGGACGUGGAAGGUCUGGCAUUCAGCAGCGUUGAAGAGGAUGUUGUGGCUGCCUUCAGCACUGGGCAGGAACACAGUUAUUCCAGUGCCAGCAACUUUUGGUUAUGAUGGACAGAAGCCUAGUUAUAAGGGCAGCUCUCACCCAGAUGGAUUUCCAGCAGCAAAGCCAGGAUUUCAUGAAUGGAAUUUGGCUCUGAACAAAACUCUGCAUGGUGCAAAGGACAGUGCUACCCAUGCUGUACCUCUACCUUUCUGCUAGACCAAGCCGGAACAUUUUCUAGAGACUUGGAUAAAAGACUUGGAUUACUCAAUAAUGGGACAGCACUUAAUGUGUACCAGACAGCUUAUGCUAUGCAUGGGGUAGCUAUAUGAUCUUGUGUGCCCCACCCGCUGUGAAAGCUUGUGUGUCUCAUCUCCUAGUCAGAAAGAGGAGGUAGGCUUGGCCUGUUAAGGACUGGAAGCAAGUCUCAACAAGGGCAACAGUAGACCAUGACAUACUGAAUCAUUCCAACUUUAUAGCAGAUAUGCACUUAGUUCCAGGACUGCAGGAUGAACAAGCUAGCAAAUCCGGGUUGCUCUUAUCUCAAAUUCCUCAACAUGGAAUGGGUUGCAUCAAGGGGAGCUGGGAACAGUUAGGACAAUGGCUAGUGGGCUCUCAUUCCAUGGCACAUUCCACCCAAUUGAAGUAUCUGAUUUUCCCCGAAACAAACAUUGCUUCUGUUUUGUGACCCAUCCGCUUAUGUACUCAGCAGUAUUCUAGUAAAUGUUUUUAAUUUCUUGCA